GUGGCAGAAAUGAACGAAAGCGUCCCCUUGAAUGAGACUGGGGCUCCGGCACCUUGGAUUCAGAGCAACGGUGGCAAUUCUUCGCUGGAAUUUUCCUCCAAGCUCCCCAUCUUUAUCCUCAAUCCUUGGGAUAUUAUGCUCUGCAUCUCUGGAACCAUCAUUGCCUGCGAAAAUGCCAUCGUGGUGGCCAUUAUAUUCUACACUCCCAAUCUGAGAACUCCAAUGUUUGUGCUGAUCGGGAGUUUGGCCACGGCAGACCUCCUGGCUGGAGUUGGCCUGAUCCUUAAUUUUGUAUUCCAAUAUGUGAUCCAGUCAGAAACCAUCAGCCUUAUUACCGUUGGUUUCCUAGUUGCCUCUUUCACUGCUUCUGUGAGUAGCUUAUUAGCUAUCACAGUCGAUCGUUAUCUUUCUCUAUACAAUGCACUGACUUAUUACUCAGAGAAGACUGUUUUUUGUAUUCAUAUGAUGCUAAUCAUCACCUGGGGGGUUUCACUCUGCUUAGGACUAUUGCCUGUCCUAGGCUGGAAUUGUAUGGAAGAUUAUUCAUCCUGCAGUAUUGUCAGACCUUUGACCAAAAGCAAUGUGACUUUGUUGUCUGCCUCCUUCUUUUUCAUUUUUACCCUUAUGCUCCACCUCUACAUCAAAAUCUGCAAAAUAGUUUGCAGGCAUGCACAUCAAAUUGCACUCCAACAGCACUUCUUAACCGCAUCUCACUAUGUUGCAACCAAAAAGGGGGUCUCUACACUUGCUAUCAUCCUUGGGACCUUUGGAGCCAGUUGGCUACCUUUUGCUAUCUACUGUGUCAUUGGAGAUUCAAACUACCCUGCGGUGUAUACUUAUGCCACACUUUUACCUGCUACCUACAACUCCAUGAUCAACCCCAUAAUUUAUGCCUACAGAAACCAAGAGAUUCAGAGAUCCAUGUGGGUUCUCUUCUGUGGCUGCUUUCAAUCCAAAGUGUCCUUUCGUUCAAGAUCCCCCAGUGAUGUUUAA